AUGGAACAACGUCAAUUGAUUGCUUUUGGGAUCCCACAGAAUGACCAGCAGACACAUCCUCUGAGGGACAGGACUAUUACUAAUGAAAUUGUGGGUGAAGGUGAUGAGAACAUGGAGCGUGGUAACUGGUCCUCGAAAACUGACUACUUGCUCUCGAUGAUCGGUUACGCUGUGGGCCUGGGGAAUGUCUGGAGAUUCCCAUACCUGGCUUACAGAAAUGGAUCCAAAAUUCCUUUUCUAUAUUUUCCAGGUGCAUUCCUUAUUCCCUACACACUCAUGCUGGCUCUUGUUGGGAUACCAUUGUUUUUCCUGGAAUGUUCAUUUGGCCAGUUUGCCAGCCUCGGAGCUAUUAGAGUGUGGAAAGCUGUGCCCAUGUUACAAGGUGUGGGGCUCACCACAGUAUUUGUGACUGUAAUUUCGAACGUUUUAUACAACUGCAUCCUCGCCUACAGUCUGUACUACCUGUUUGCUUCCUUCCAGUCACCCCUGCCGUGGGCGGAUUGCUUCAGUUGGUGGGGAGCAGAUGAAACAUGUAGCAGGACUCCCAAAGAUCCACUUUGCAAUUUCACUCUGGGCGCUGGAUAUUUUGAAAUCGUCAAUACAACAUGGCUGCAGGUAAACAAUGAAACUUGUCCAAACGGAUCAGAAAUCUCCGUUCCUCACCAGAGCCCGAGUGAGCAAUACUGGGAUAUAGUAGUUUCACGCCGUUCCAGUUCAAUGGAUGAGACGGGGGGGAUAGUCUGGGAUUUAGCCCUCUGUCUGCUUCUGGCCCGACUGAUAGUUGGGGCAGCCUUAUGGAAAGGAAUCAAAUCAUCAGGAAAGGUGGUUUAUUUCACUGCAACAUUCCCGUAUGUGGUUCUGACCAUACUCCUGAUCCAAGGGGUUACCCUGGAGGGAGCCUUUAAAGGAAUCGAAUUCUACAUCGGAAGCCAAUCAGACUUCUCCAAACUGGCUGAUGCUGAGGUCUGGAAGGAUGCUGCAACGCAAAUUUUCUUCUCUAUCUCAGUGGGUUGGGGCAGUUUAAUAACACUGUCAUCCUACAACAAGUUCCACAACAACUGCUACAGAGAUACCAUUGUUGUCUGUGUUGUUAAUUGUCCUAUGAGUGUGUUUGCUGGGUUUGUCAUCUUCUCCAUCCUUGGGCACGUGGCUCAUGUACAAGACAAACCUGUCUCAGAGGUUGCGCAGUCAGGUUUUGGUUUGAUUUUCAUUGCCUACCCGGAAGCCCUUGCACAGUUGCCAUGGGCACCUUUGUGGUCCAUUUUAUUUUUCCUCAUGGUGAUCACUCUGGGAGUUGACACGCAGUUUGUAAGUUUAGAAACAAUCAUCACCAUCCUGCUGGACCAGUUCCCCACAUUUCUCCGGUCAAAGCGCCAUUAUCUGACAAUUGGUAUUUGCUUGUUAUUUUAUCUCUUUGGCCUUCUGAAUGUAACACAGGCUGGGAUUUACUGGUUAAGUUUAAUGGAUCAUUUCUGUGCCGGAUGGAUUCUGACCAUAGUCGCUCUGCUGGAAGUCAGUGCUUUAAGCUGGAUCUAUGGAGUAAACAGAUUCAUCAAGGACAUUGAGAUGAUGAUUGGGGAAAGGAAUUGGCUCUUCUGGCUGUGGUGGAGAGCCUGUUGGGUCCUGAUCUCUCCCUGUUUGCUGGCAGCAAUCUUAAUCUGGUCCUUAGUGACAUUUGCCCCUCCAACAUACGGACCUGUUGAAUACCCUGUCUGGGCAAUAACACUGGGCUGGUGUAUGAUCACCUUCUGUAUUAUGUGGAUCCCCCUUGUGGCCGUAGUGAGAGUUGUCCAAGCUAAGGGCUCCACCUUGUGGCAGAAAAUAUCUGCUGCUUGUACAUCAGCUUCUGACUGGGGUCUGUACUUCCAAGUUCCUCCAGCUCCACACUGUGUUAUCUCUAACUUCUUCAGGUGUUCCCUUGAUCAGUCAGCACCUCGGCAAAGACCCAGUACAGGGUUGACUGAAGGGGUCUGA